GCCGGCGCCGCGGACCAGACUUUGUAGGCGCGUGACCUUUGCUGCCGUCUUUUUCGCCAGCACAGCCGAUCUUGCCUCCUUCCUCGACCCGACCCGACCCGCACACCAUGCUGGCAGUGCGCUGCGGCUCCCGUUUGCUUGGCUUGCUCCCUGCCCCGCGCUCCUUGCCGCUGCGACCCGCUGCCCGCCCCUGUAGCGGCGGCGCCCGCAACCCGUCCUCUUCCGCCCAGAACCCGCUAGUGUACCUGGACGUCGGCGCCGACGGGCAGCCUCUCGGCCGGGUGGUGCUGGAGCUGAAGGCAGAUGUUGUCCCAAAGACAGCAGAGAACUUCCGAGCCUUGUGUACUGGGGAGAAGGGCUUUGGCUACAAAGGCUCCACGUUUCACAGAGUGAUUCCGUCCUUCAUGUGCCAGGCUGGAGACUUCACCAACCACAAUGGCACCGGGGGAAAGUCUAUCUAUGGAAGCCGCUUUCCUGAUGAGAACUUCACACUGAAGCACGUGGGGCCAGGUGUCCUGUCCAUGGCAAAUGCAGGCCCCAACACCAAUGGCUCCCAGUUCUUCAUUUGCACCAUAAAGACUGACUGGUUGGAUGGCAAACAUGUUGUGUUUGGCCAUGUCAAAGAGGGCAUGGAUGUUGUGAAGAAAAUAGAAUCCUUUGGCUCCAAGAGUGGGAAGACGACCAAGAAGAUUGUCAUCACAGACUGCGGCCAGUUGAGCUAAACCAGGAUGCUAGGCCCACAGCAGCUCUACCUGUGUGUUGAGUCACCCAGAUGACUGCCUUGGCCUCCCAGUGAAGGUGUCCCGUAGAGAUGCUUGUGCUUGCUCUAACAUCGCCAUGUGCUCAAGGAAGGUGUCUACAGAACGUCAGACCUCCCCAGGACCCACUCAGUGCCCACCCUGCCUCAUGACCCUGUUUCUGGAUCCCCUCUGUGGACAUCCUGUCACUACUCCUCAUCGGGUAUCAGCUGUGAUUGUCCAGCCCAAGCUCAUAUGUGCUUUGGGUAUCGGGGGUGGUGAUGGGUUAGCUUCAAGUUCAGGUUUCUGCCUUUUCCUUGACCAAGGGGGAAAGCCAGUUGUUGCAAAAAGGGCUAUUGUAUAGCUGUUUAAUGAUGUCUUCCUAAUUGGAAUAAUUUAAUUAACAAGACUGGUUGGAGAUAAUGCUGUGACACUAACUCUUCUGUGCUGUGACCUGAGUUGGUAGCCUAGGCCACAGAACUCCAGAGCUUGGCCUCUGGAACACAAUCAGGGCUUUUGUUAAGGGUCUCAUGGCUGAGGCCUGUUUAUCCCAGCCACUGUGAAUCCCGUUGGUUUGUUGCUGUUUAUGGGGUAGAAGCAGAUAAACCUGGGAACAAAGCCAUUGUGAGACAUGCCUGCUCAAGGUGAAUCCCUGCAUGGAAAACAGAAAGGGCCUGUGAGUGCCGUGGGCUCUGGGAGAAAGCAAACAUGGAUUUCUUGGUGGGCUUUGAUUUUUCUGUAUUUAAUAAUUUAAAUCUACUGAUUGUGUAUUAAUAUACUUCAGGGACAUUUUAUUUGUGUUCACCUUAAAUGUGAAAAUAAAUCCUAUUUUCUACAAAGA